AGGUGGCCGCACGGCCGCUGCACCUGGGUGCCUGGCGGGAAGCAGGCAGUGUGUGAUGGUGGAGUCCAGAUCGUAGCGUUCGCCGGCCACCCGAAAAGCGAGUGCCUUAUCGCUUCGCAUCCUUAAGGAGGUCUUUAUAUAUAUAUAUAUAUAUAUAUAUAUAUACAUAUAUUUUUAAAAGUCUUAAUCAUGAGGCACUGUUUAAAUGGCCAGCAGCGCGCUUAGAGCUUAGGGACUGAAUUUGGGAGCUUUGCAUCUAGCAACUUGCUGCAAGCCUUCACUGCUGAGCCUGUGCACGUGCGUCUCACGGGAGAGAUCCAGCCAGGCAGCCAGAUGCAGCCUUGUGUGCAGCUACCUGGGCCCAGCCCAGAUCCCUGAACAGGAUAUUACAAUUUUUGAUAGAAUCGACUGGCCUACUUGAAAAGGGAAUUUCAGGAGGAUCUCCAGAUUUUUCGUUUUCAAAGAAACUCUAAAUGCAUGAGAAAUUUACAGCAUGGAGAACGAAAAGGAAAAUCUCUUUUUUGAGCCACAUAAAAGGGGAUUGAUGAAAACGCCUCUGAAAGAAUCCACUGCGGCAAAUAUAGUGCUGGCUGAGCUCCAGCCCGACUUCGCGGGCUCUUUAACCACACCCACCAAACCCAAGGAAGUGUCCCAAGGGGAGCCCUGGACACCGACGGCCAACCUGAAGAUGCUUAUCAGUGCCGUGAGCCCUGAGAUCCGCAGCAGAGAUCAGAAAAGGGGGUUAUUUGACAACCGAAGUGGAUUACCUGAGGUCAAAGACUGUUUACACGAACACUUAUCCGGAGAUGAAUAUGAGAAAUCCCAACCGAGUCGAAAAGAGAAAAGUUUAGGACUUUUGUGUCAUAAGUUCCUAGCGCGCUACCCGAACUAUCCCAACCCUGCUGUGAAUAAUGACAUCUGUCUGGAUGAAGUAGCGGAAGAACUCAAUGUUGAGCGACGACGAAUUUACGAUAUUGUGAACGUCCUAGAGAGUUUACACAUGGUGAGCCGUCUUGCCAAAAACAGGUACACUUGGCACGGGAGACACAACCUCAACAAGACGCUCGGGACUCUGAAGACCGUCGGAGAGGAGAAUAAGUACGCCGAGCAGAUUAUGAUGAUCAAAAAGAAAGAAUACGAACAAGAGUUUGACUUCAUUAAGAGUUACAGUAUCGAGGAUCACAUCAUCAAAUCAAACACGGGCCAAAACGGACACCCGGACAUGUGUUUUGUUGAACUCCCUGGAGUGGAAUUUCGGGCAGCCUCUGUCAACAGCCGCAAAGACAAGUCUUUACGAGUGAUGAGCCAGAAAUUUGUGAUGCUGUUUUUAGUGUCAACGCCCCAGAUAGUGAGCCUGGAAAUUGCUGCCAAGAUUUUAAUUGGGGAGGACCACGUGGAAGACCUGGAUAAAAGCAAGUUCAAAACAAAAAUUAGGAGGUUAUAUGAUAUAGCGAAUGUUCUGAGUAGCCUGGAUCUUAUCAAGAAAGUUCACGUUACAGAGGAAAGAGGCCGAAAACCAGCAUUUAAAUGGACAGGCCCGGAAAUCAGUCCAAAUGCCAAUGACCCCAGCCCCCUCGUUCCUUUCACCCCCUCAGACUGGGAGGUGAGGCGGUCUGCCAAAGAGAGCUGUGCCAAAAACCUCUUCUCCGCACGUGGGAAGGCCAGCUUCACCCGCCACCCGUCUCUCAUCAAGCUGGUGAAGAGUAUAGAAAGUGACCGGAGGAAGAUAAAUUCUGCUCCCAGUAGCCCUGUGAAGACCAACAAAGCUGAGAGCUCUCAGAACUCCGCGCCCUUCCCAAACAAGAUGGCUCAGCUCGCGGCUAUUUGCAAAAUGCAGCUGGAAGAGCAUUCAAGCGAACCCAGAAAGAAAGUGAAAGCCCAACUGGCAAGGUCAGGGCACUGCAAACCAGUGGCUCCUCCGGACCCCCCUGCGAAUGCUGAGCUGGAGCUGACGGCACCAUCCCUGAUCCAGCCCCUGGGGGUGGUGCCCCUGAUCCCCAGCCCGCUGUCCUCAGCCUUGCCCGUCAUCCUACCUCAGGCCCCUGCGGGCCCAUCCUAUGCCAUCUACUUGCAGCCUGCCCAAGCCCAGGCCGUGACGCCACCCCAAGGCCUGAGCCCAACACUCUGCCCCACCCAUUCUAAAGCUACUGGAUCAAAAGACUCCGCAGAUGCCACCACCGAGAAGGCAGCCGGCGACGCCCCCAAGGCCAGUGCCUCCUCCACGCCGGGAAGCCUGCUGCCAGCCCCAGAGAGGCAAGGGGCAAAGAACCGAAACAGGGAGCUGGCUGGAGAAAGAGGCCCCAAGAGGGCGGGCAUGCCCGAGGACAGUGGUGCCAAAAAGAAAUUUAAAGAGGACCUGAAAGGACUUGAAAAUGUCUCCGCAACCUUGUUCCCAUCAGGAUACCUAAUCCCUCUCACCCAGUGCUCAUCCCUGGGGGCAGAAUCCAUUUUGUCUAGUAAAGAAAACUCAGGUACACUUUCCCCAAACCAUAGGAUCUACAGCUCCCCCAUCGCAGGUGCUAUUCCGAUGACAUCAUCUGAACUCACUGCUGUUAAUUUUCCCUCUUUUCAUGUAACACCUUUGAAGCUAAUGGUCUCACCAACAUCCGUGGCAGCCGUACCUGUCGGGACCAGCCCGGCUCUCGCUUCGAGCCACCCCCUUCCUGUCCAGAACCCCAGCUCAGCCAUUGUAAACUUCACCCUGCAGCACCUGGGACUCAUCUCCCCCAGUGUGCAGGUGUCUGCGAGCCCUGGGCCUGGAACCAUGCCUGUGUCUCCAAGAAUAGAGGCUGUUAGUGUCAUACCAGAAAAUGCAGGUGCUCAGCCAGGAAGGGCCAGCAGUUACGACUCCCCAGCCCCAGGCCAGAACCACCCGAAUGGACAAUCAGUUGCUGUGGUGGGGACACAACAGCCUGUUCCUGUGACACCCAAAGGGUCACACUUAGUGACCGAAAAUUUCUUCCGUACCCCGGGUGGACCAACCAAGCUGACUGGCUCCUCCUGCGUGGAUUUGGAUGGUGCUAAUAAAACUUCCUUAGGAACUCUUUUUAUCCCACAGCGAAAACUGGAAGUUUCCACAGAGGAUGUCCACUAAUUGACAGAUGUUGGCUUAGGUUAAUUUUCUGAAGAGUUAUUUAAUAGAGAAGAUGUACACAGACUGAUUGGGAGAGCAUGUACUCUGAGAAUACUGUAGAUACAUUGAGGGUUUUCUCAGUGUCAAAGCAGAUACCUGUUUUCCUACCUAUUUACAAUUAUAUACAUCUAUAUGCAUAUAGUAUAUGUAUAUAUAUGUAUAUUAAAUACACACAAACACACACACAUAUAUAUAUAUAUAUAUUUGUAUAAAGCUAAGUUCAGUCUUCAGUCCUACAAAAUAAAAUGUUAAACUAAGGUAUAUUAACUUUUAGGGAGAAAAGAUUUUUUUUUUUUUUGAGCUGUGCCUAUACUAUUAUGCAAAGUUACUGUAUUAAAGUUUACUUCCCUUUGAGUAAAUGUGUUUGAUAUGCCUAACACAGCCUUCUCUUAAAUGUUUUGCACAAAGAAAACUCUGUGUGAUGUAUAAUGUUGUAUUUUUAAACAGGACAGCUGUAGUUAUAUUUUUUUGUAAUUUCUUUUAAUUUGUUGUGGCAGUAUGUCUUUUUGUAAAAUUCGCAACAAUCCUCAAUCAAGUCU